AUGAAUAACAACUAUAAAUUACCCGAUUUUGAAACGUGCUUCAGGUAUUCUGUGGCAGCUCGUAGGAGUUUCCUAUCCAUUAUUAAUGCCGAUUACCUAGUUGAUGAGCAAAAGCCUGAAUUAAUUAUUAAAGAGUCCAUUGAAAGGUCAUAUUUAUGUGGUGAUGAUCCCGUAAGGUACUCUAUUGUAUCGAACGUGGAGGAGAUACAGAGUACAGAUGAAAAUCUGGAGGACAAGACGAUGUUAAGUAUCUCCAUAAUACCGAAUAUUAACACUUUAUCAAAAGAAGACCAGGUGAAGCUAGUACGGAAAAUACAUGAUAUUGAUCGAGUGAACGAAUCUGCCGGGCAAGGUAGAGUACAUGUUAUUAUUGGCGUUAUUCCUUGGAAAUUUGAAGAUUUUCGUCCAAAAGAGAAUAAACCACGCAAAUCGGGACUUGGAGGAGAUAAUUCAAUCUUAAUAUCUAAUAUCAAGUUGGAUGAUUGGCUUACUCAUAAAUUUUGGUUUGCUUGUUCUGGCCCCAAUAAUCUGCAAUCAGGAAGCCAGACAGAACAUAGAGCCUCUACUCCAGACUCAAUGUCCCCAGCUAUGUCAAUUAAUUCAGACACGUCGUCAGAGUCUGAAUCGUCUGAAUCAUCAGGUAAAAUCCAACUUUUGAAUGAAGUAAAUAGUCCCUAUGAAAAUGUCUAUAUGCAAUCAUCGAUUAAAAGGUACAUUUUAGAUGUAAUUGUACAUCUUAGAAUGCAUAGAUUAAGCUAUCAUGCGAAGGGAGGAGGUGCUCAUAUGGGUGCGUUAAGGGACGUCAUUCAACUAGCAAAACUAAUUAGUUUUAAUGCGGGCAAAAAGUUCGUCGUCCCACAGUCCGUAAAACAAGCCUCUGUUUGGUAUUUCCCCAUGCAUAUGAAAUUAAUUAACGAUAUAACUAUGGAUAGUAGUACAUUAUAUGGAAGUAAACCGAGAUUGGUGAACGAGUUAUUAGACAAAUUAAAGCAAAUUAAAUCCAUAAAAGUUGAAGGUGUAGAAAAUCCUUUAUUUUUGGAAUCGCUAGUGGUGCAAGAUGUUCUACUUAAAGUUGUGCCGCCUAUAUAA